CUUCCACUUGGAGUUCGACUCGGACGGGCGACGACUCGUUUGGCUUCUUCAGUUUUGCCUUUGGUCUCGUUCUCGAUCCUUAUCGUAAUAUUCGUAAACAAGAUACUAAACUAUGGCCUAUUUGCUCGCGUAGCUUUAAUCCGUUUGGUGCCCAAUGGUCAGACAACAGUGACUAUAUUGCAUAAUUACCUCUUCACAUGCAGGCAGAAAUUGCUUUUAAAGACAAUCAAAGGUCUCACUCUUUACUUCAAACUUAAGCAAGAUAUAGUCCACAAUAUGUUUUACCACAUAACAUCUUAUCCUAGAUCUUUGAACUGUACCUCUAGAUCAAGAUUUGGUUGGUUCAGCAAUUGGGUUGGACUGGCAAAGGAGCUGAUGGACAAAACUGGUUACUUGGUUGUGUUGUUUGACUUGGAUGGCAAAGUUUCUAAUGGAAGCCAUGGACUUUGUUAUUGUAGCUUAGUAGGCACAAUGAGGUUGGAAAAUUGCUGGUUCUGCUCCUCUACUAUCUAUCCUGGACAUGGUAUUCAGUUUGUUAGGAAUGAUGCCAAGCUUGAACAAAAUAGGACUAUGGUCAGAAUAAGUUGGCCAUUUGGUAGGUUUAUCAUUCUGAUCAGAAUUGAUGAAGAGGAAUCCCGUAAAGUGAAGUGGACAAAGGCUUAUAGGCGGUUACAUGGAAAAGAUAUGACACAGGAUUCAACCUUUGAGUUUGAGAGGAAGCGGAAUAGGCCCGAGAGAUAUGACAGGAAUCUCACUGAGAACACGCUGAAGGCCAUUAAAAAGAUUGAUAAAGUGAGAGUUGACAGGGAGGCCAGACAUCAUGCACAAAGAAUGAAGGGAAAGAGAGCAAAGGAGAUGAAGGAGGCAGUAAAGGAACUGGAGCAGAGCAUUCACAUGGUGAAGGCACCUGCAGCCCUCCAACAAGAGCCUUCUCUUACGUUACCAAAGAUUAAAGUCAAGGUUACACAGUGGCAGCAGCAGUCCGAAGAAAAUCUCAUGGAAGAGUAA